AUGGCAAGCGCCCCGACCCAGGAAAAGCCCAAGUGGCAGCUGUAUCUGGAGAAUGAGAAGCUAGAGCAAGAGCAAGAAUGGGGAGAGGACAUCACUGAGGACCUCUUCCCCAUCGUCACUCCACUCCUCCUCGACGAUGGUGAUCCCGUCGCUGCUUCCCAAAAAGCCGCACGCGAGUUCAUCGAUCUUCUAGUCAACAAAUGGGUACCAAAGGAUACCGCGCGUCGCACAUAUGAUGAGCCAAAUGACACUCCUCCACUUUACACGAAGGAGCGGUCUCUCGAAUUGAAUUUCGAGAGCUUGGGGAAUUUCAUCUACGGCCUCGUCCCCGAGCUGCCCUAUCCAGGCAUUGAGCACGACAAGAUCCUCUACUUUCUUCUACACAUCAAAGAACUUUGGAACCAAGCAAACAUUGAUCCACAGGUACAUGAAUCUUCUCUUAUUUAUUUGUUCUCCUUUGAUGCCUUCUUGUUACUCUCAAUUUACUAUUACCACUCGUAUUCAUCCAUUGCUUAUCUAACUGGACAGCAGAAAAGUUCCGAUCUCAAGUUCUUUGAGUAUGGCCUAGAGAUCGGUGCAUCUGAAUCCGCAGGUGCAAUCCACGGGUCAAUCCCAUACACAUUGGAAGAAUCAAAUAAGCAUCUCUGUGACCCAGCACGAUCUCUGUACGCCAUGUUCGCCAGAUUGCUUGCUGCAGGGGUGAUGCGCGUGAAGAUCUUGAAGUUGAUUUCAUAUGACUUAUACGUGCUUCUCAGGGAGCUAGACAAGAGGAAGCCACCUCCUUCCGAGUUGUAUCUACAAGUCCAUAGCAGCAUAUGGGCCGAUUAUAUCCUCAUAGCAGGGCUGGAGCUGGCGAAGGAGGUAAAGAACCCCUGCGGAGAAUUGAAGUUUCCUUUGACCAGAGCACAAUGGAAGGCUGGUGCCGAACACCUUGCAAAGGUCGCUGAGAAAGUUUCAGAGGAUACGCCGUGGGACCUAAAGCGGUGUGCCCAAAAGGCAUACCAGCAAAUGCGGGAGCUUGUCCCCGAGGCAUUCGUUGAGGAGGUUGAGAAAUCUGAGACGUCGACUUAG